AUGCCUGUUCACGACAAGGUCCCAUCAACUGAAAAGCAGAUACAAGAACUAAAGAAAAUCUUUGGUGAUGACUCCAAGUCUUGGGUUCCCGACGGUUUUCCUAAUAGGUUCACAACCCCUGAAAAAUGGGAUCCCCUGAUCAUCUCUCGACUCUGGAACCUUGCUACCCGUAAUCUUUCUUGUACUGAGCUGCAUGAUAUCAUGUCUGACAAUAUGUUGGAGCAAUAUCCGCAAACCAGCAGACGACAUCAGAUAGACUACGAGUUCGGCUUGGCGGCGGUCUAUAGGAGACUGGAGUUAAAAUUUGCCGCAUACGACGAGAUCAUGGCCAUUUAUGGAUGUGGUCCUUGGCCUCGGUUCGCACCUUCCGGUUCGCCACUUACCUGGGAUGCACAGCUGCUUCAGGCUCUUGCUGCUGUAGCUAGCCGUAAUGGCCCCGAGUCGAAGGACCCCAUGCUCAACGUUCACAUCCCAUCUGCUUUUUACACUCGAUACGCUGGAGCUCCUAUUGAAAUGAGUGUCGCUGACGUCAAUGUGGCUGAGGUCUGUUAUCACGCCGACGGGAUCAAGAAGAACUGGAACACGAGGCCUGUCGAGCUGAGAGACUGGCUACCAGAAAGAAGCAUACAGCACUUGGAAACACCCGAGGAAUGGCCGGUACAAGUCCUGUACUGGUUGUGGAAGCUCUCUACAAUGACACUCCCUAGGCACUGUAACGCCAUCCGCGACACCUUCCUCGCUCGUCUCAGAUCCCGUCAACGUAGGGAUCCCAGCAGGGCCUUGCUUGAUACAGACGACGUUAGGUAUGUCUUCAGGAUUCUUAGGCCCAAGCUGAGGGCUAUCAAUGAGCUCAGAGCCAGUUGGGGCCCGUCCCACAACUUGUGGCUCCCCUCUGAUUCUACCAUGCAGUUCCCUCGGGAGCCUCUAUGCUGGGACACAGGCAUUCUUUAUUCGCUUUCUCUCCUUGCGAAGAAACAUGCCGAAGGCAGGUGGAGGCGCUUCCUCGUUGGAAAGAUGCAGGAUACUAUCAAUCAGUUGAACAGGAAAGACGGCCUCGUCACAGCUGGGAUCAUUGAUCUAGUCGCGAUGAACUAUGGACGGGAGAAGAGUGCUGAGUAA